UUGUUUUCUAAUUGUGUACAGGUCAAGCUUCGAGCAGUAUCGGUCAAGCUUCAAGCAGUUCAGGUCCAGCAUCAAGCAGUACCGGUCAGGAUCUAUAGACCCUAGUCUCAUUGACCUGUUAUCUACUCAACCGGUUCUGAAUGUUAAUGCCACUGAAGAUGCCUCCUAAGUAUCGUCGUAAGACAUACACCAAGAUAGAGAAACAGAUCCUAAUGGAGCUCAUAGAACCGAACCUCCCAGCCAUCACGGACAAACGUCGCGAGGGUAAGGUUCUCUUCAAUCACGACCGCGCCUGGCGUGAGAUCGCGCUCCUCUUCAAUGCUCAUCGCGACACGGUGACGGUGAGGACCAGUACGGAUCUGAGAGGGGCAUGGAAGUACGUGACCCAGGUACAGUUCCCUAAGCUACCCCCCAUGCAGAUUGUGAUGGAGUAUCUCAAUGGCAGGAAGAGACUGGUCAACUAUAGAGCUCUCUUACUCGAUGCUUCUCACUGGAAAAUGGAGGAUGGUGCUGGUAUGUCUAUGCCUAUCACAGACCUGCCACCAGUGAAGGUUCGCGGCAAACGAACCGUCUACAAGCUCUAUGAGAAGGAGCUGCUCCUGGAGCUGGUCACCAACCGUUGGUCUGAUGUCAUGUUGACUGGUCCUGAACUGACCUGUGAGCUACGUAGAGACGGAGCAUGGCAAGAGAUACAUGACAACUAUAAUGAGGACCCUAGAGCCGUUACUCAAAGAUUUCAGGCACUGACCUGUGAAGUACGUAAGGAUGGAGCAUGGCAAGAGAUACAUGACAACUAUAAAGAGGACCCUAGAGCCGUUACUCAAAGAACCAUCCGAGAUCUGCGCUACUGCUGGAAGUACAUGGUACAGCAGGGCCGUCAGGUAGAAGCCAAAUUGAAAGCCCAGCAGCCUGGAGAUCCUCCAUUCAUUCCUUCUCCUACUGAGGCUGUAUACCUGAGGGUUCGUCAAUUGGAGCUGGACUGUGGCAGUCGCUUCCUACCCUUCUACCUGCAGAGCCCUCCUCAUCAGCCAGAUGACAUGUCACCAAACCCUGCAGAGAGUCCAUCUGGACAGCAAGGUCAACCCCUGCAGAGCCCACAGCCAGGACAGGGCCGAGGAAGAGGGCGCCGUGGGAAUGCAGCGAGGCAGGAGGCUUCAAGGCAGGAGGCAGCUAGACAAGAGCAGGCCAGACAGGAAGCAAGACAGGCUGCACAACAGGCUGUUCAGAUGCAUCAGGAUGCUGCUGCAGCGGCUGCUGCACAACAACAGCAGCAACAACAGCAGCAGCAACAACAGCAGCAACAACAGCAGCAACAACAACAACAGCAGCAGCAACAGCAACAACAACAACAGCAGCAGCAGCAGCAGCAGCCACAACAAGCACAGCAUCAGGAAACCACAGCUCUCCAGCACCAAGGAACUACCGGACACCAGUCUCCUGUGCUCUCUCAACACCAACCCACAGUGGUGUCCCAGCUUCAAGAACAGACUUCACAGCAGCCGCAUCCAGCCCUGGCUCUCCUCCAUCAAAGCCAGGCAGCACAGCCAGGACUUCAUCAUGGAUCGUCACCACACCAGGUUCCUGUGUCGCAUCAGGGACAGAGUCCUCAAGCUCUGCAGCAUUCUGGACCCCUACAGGUUCCUCUGGCUCAUCAAGGUCUGGCUCUUAUCCAAGGCCUUGCCUUGCAUCAGGCUACUAGACCCCAGCACACUGGAUCCUAAAGCCUUAACUUCUCUUCCUUCUCUUCUCCCUUCCUCGCUAUCCUUCUCUCCUGCUCAAGUUUUGCUGUAGUGCUACAGUAAGUAUCAAAACAUUCUCUCUUCCCCUUCUCCAAUUUGUUUUUUAAGUUCAAGAUCUUGUUAAGAUCAUUGGUUAUCAAAUGAUCCCACUUCCCUUCAUGUUUAUCCUCCAAACAAAUGUUUUCUUGCCUUUUUUCUUGCUUUUCAUUUGUAUUACUCUGACUGAAAUUCCGACAAUGAUAAAUUAAGAUGAUUCCGAUAACUGUAUUGAGUGUUAUGAUUUCCAUAAAUCUCUUUUUAUUGUCCUGAUCUUCUCAUUCAAAAAAAGAUUAUCACCAUCUUUUGGUAUUAUUUACCUUUUACACUGCCCCCUUAACGAAAUAUCAUUGACCUCCUUUCAGUAAGUAUUGAUAAUACUAUUUCUUUACUGCUAAUUUGUGAUCUUUUAAGUUUUAGAAUUAGAAACCAUGACAAAAACAAUUGAUACGUUAUUGUGUAAAGAUGAUGACGAUGUCAUAAUGAAGUAAGAAUCAGCAAGGGAACUCUUCGUGAUGAUUUUUUUCCUUCUAAAUGUAAAUGAUCUGUAUAUAUUUAUCUGGUGCUUUCUAGUUGCUGUACAUACAUGCCGAGAAGCCAGUAGUAAGCGUAAGAUUGUAAACUGCUGUAAACUGAUUAUGACAAAAUAAAAGUUGAAAUCCUACUCAAUGUUAUUACAUGAAUGUCUUUUAAGUUUUUGUAUGUUUUGUAGCAAUGUGUAGUUCACUUAAGUGCCAAAAAGUUUCUGGCAUAUUCCAUUUAUGUCAAUCAUCUCAUUUUAGAGAUAUCAUGUUAUCAAUCUAUAACCCAUUGACAACCAUGUAUCAUGAUUGUAGGUAGUUUAGUAAGUUCUUAAUUUUGUACCAUACUUAUGUUUGUAUCAAAAGAAUAAUGCAACUCCAUAUUAAUCAAAAGCUUGUAACUUCUUUCGUCAUUGCAUUGUACAUGUCAAAGCAUUUGCCAUUUUGAUGUCAAGAAUAAUGAACAUCUCAUUCUAAAUUUGUCUACUUUAUAAAACACAAGGUUAUGUUGUUAUGAUAAUCAGUGGUGGUAGAAACUGAACUGUACUUAAGGUGUAUUUUUAAAUGUAUGUUAUGCAGCAUAGAUUGAGUUCUAUAAUGUCUUUUCUGCAGUUGUGGAGAAUAUUCCAUUACAAGUAUUGGUAGUUAAUAAUGUAAAGUUUGCAUCAAGAAAAUGGACAUGGUGUUAGUUGAGUAUUAAUUAAAGAGAUCAUUGAUUCAUAUCUCUCUGUUUAACAUUAAUAUUGUUUUAAUUAGGAUUCAGUUAAAGGGCUAUGUGUUGAUGAAAGAGAAUGUACAUAUACAAAUAACCAACCAAAGAACAUGCUACAUCACUCUUUGUCUCCUUGAUGAUCUAUAUACCUGG